AUGGCAUCCGCACUCGCCUCGACCGAGAUCAACCCCUUGUGCCCCGUGUACGCACCCUUCUUCGGUGCCAUGGGUACCACAGCGGCCAUCGUCUUCACUUGUCUCGGAGCCUCUUACGGUACCGCCAAGUCCGGUGUCGGAAUCUCCGCAAUGGGUGUCCUCAGGCCCGACCUGCUCAUCAAGUGUAUCGUUCCCGUCGUCAUGGCUGGUAUCAUUGCCAUCUACGGAUUGGUCGUGUCGGUGCUGAUCUCUGGUGACAUCAAGUCCCCCAUGACCCUCUACGCCGGUUUCAUUCAGCUCGGCGCCGGUCUCUCCGUCGGUCUCUCUGGUCUCGCCGCCGGAUUCGCAAUUGGUGUCGUGGGAGAUGCUGGUGUGCGAGGAACCGCACAACAGCCAAGGCUCUUCAUCGGAAUGAUCCUCAUUCUCAUUUUCGCCGAGGUGCUGGGUCUGUACGGUCUGAUCGUGGCCCUGAUCUUGAACACUCGUAGUCAAGACGCUCCUUCUGUGAGUACAGGCGGUGGCACUGGAGUGAUCCGAGAGACGCCGCAUACUCACCUAUCCCUCUCCUCACGUCUUCCUUCUGCAGUGCUAAAUCGAGCUUUCUCCCCCAUUUGGUACGGCUACGUGGCUAGAGCGGAGUCAUUUGCCUAG